AUGUGUUCCGAAGAAGGAGAUACUGCUGUGAUAGAACAAACACAGCCCGCGAUCUCUGAGGUCGAUAUCCUGAGAACACGAGUGAAUUUCUACAUCAGCGAAGCGACCUCGUUUUACAACGAGGAUGCAGACAAGAGAGAUGCACUCGACCAGGUCGACGACUAUAGAGGCACCAUCACAUCUCUGCUGGAGGAGUGGCUACUCGUAACCAGAGCUCAUCUGACUUCACUCCGAGGACCAACCUCUCAGGGUUAUCUAGAACUGGCAGACUUCAUCGGGAUCGAAAACAAUAUUCGGAAGACUCUAAAAUACCUCAGAGAGCUCCGACUAAGUUUGGUCCAGGACCUCCAACCUCUGACGGCGGAAUCGACGUUUGGGAGGAGUCAAAAUCCAGGAGUCGUUCAAACAUCGACACCUGUCCCUCCACCUCAAAAUCAAGAUCCACAGUGGAGAACAUCUACCCAUAUGGACGCUCAGAUCAGAGGCGCGAACAGUUCGGGAAACUCAGCGACGACAUCGUCACCGAACGUCUCCCAUAUCGCACAGCUGCCCCCACCUGAGAACACCCCGAGCAUACCUCCACCAGAUCCAGCGCCAGUUCCGCAAGCACUCCAGGGGAUCACAAUACCCGCGGAUCCAGCAAUCACCUGCAAGAACGAAAGCAGCCCCACCGAACCCCCCGAGAACUAUCUACCGAAAUUAUCGAAAAGCUUCAAGCUACCGAAAUUUAACGGGGACCCGAAACAAUAUCGGAAAUUUAUGGAUAUGUUCGACGCCUUCGUCCACGACCGAAACAUACCAGUUCUUCAGAAGAUCAUCUUGCUCCACGACGCUCUGACGGGCCGGGCUUACCACAGUGUGAAACAUCUAAGCCUCCGUGCAGAAAGCUACGAACCAAUGAAGCAGAUACUCCAGGAGUUAUACGGACAAACGAGUAUGGCGGAAGACGGGCAUCUGAGAGAGCUGGAGAGGAUCAUCUCAUCCGGAGGGGAAAUCAACUACGAUAAGUUACCCGGUUUUGUUAACUCGAUCUCUCAACACAUUCUAGCACUUAUCACUCUCGGCCAAUCAUACAUAACAUUAACUCCCGCAUUCGCCAAUAGAAUCCUCGCCAAACUAUCAAACGAGACGCAACGUAAAUUCAUGGAUUCUUACAGGUCAACACAAACCACAACACAAACAUGCAAGCUUGAAGCGUUAAUUAAAGUCCUUAAAGCAGAAGCGCUUACAACAGAAGCUCUCAGAGAGAAUCAGGGCUCAUGUAGGAGAUCACCUAACCAACCUUCGAGCUUCAGGAGCAACGACAAGUUCCAGCAUCGGAACGGGCUCAGGAGACCUCCAACACGUCCAUCAUUCUACCAAUCUCGAGAUCACUUCAGCAAUCCCGGAAGGACGACGACCUUCAAGGACUCCUCGAACAGCUUUCACGUGGCUUCAUCAGCGUUCCCGAGCCGAUCAGUUCCCAGGGAGCCUCCCAGAGGACAAAGCCUCCCGUGUCUAUUCUGCGAAGGCGAUCACCCCCCUUUCAAAUGCACGACGCCUCUGACGUAUGAGGAACGUCAGGAGAAAAUGCUGACAGCCAGAGCUUGCUUCAAAUGUCUGAAACUUAACCACGAUGCGAAACACUGCAGAGAAGGCCCGAAGACCAAGUGCCGAUACUGCAACGCGAACCACUACGCGAUCAUCUGCCCGAAGUCGUCCAAGAAUACCAGCGGCAAGCCGAAGGCAAACCUAUCAGUUAACAUGGGCAUGGACACUCUAGGCGACUCGGUUUUCCUGUGGACGGCGGCGGCAUGGGCAGAAGAUCCCGGAGAGAACGACGAGAUAAGUCUGGAACCGGUUUCUACAGGACGCCAGACACGGGAUCAAGCGGACCGGUCGUGUCCCGACGGGGACGUUGAAGAAGUUCCCCAACGGAGGAGACUCCAAAGGAAGAAACGAGGACGGUUUGCAAGGAAGCUGAUGUUCCUUGGGAAGGUUACGGCAACGCUAUUCGUCGCCGUGCUCGUGUAUGCCUGCAUCAAGUUGCAGGCUGCCGUCGAAGUUGAACUGGCCGUCAACGGGGCGAGCUCAACUCGUGAGGACAUCACCACCAUGUCCUCAGUACUGUCGACGCUCGUGGAGACUGGGCUCCUCAGUCGGCUUUUGCCGGCUGAGGAGGUUAAGAAUUUUCGUUUGUCGACCAUGACGUGUCGAAGUUUGGAACGGCACCAAGUGUGCUUCAGCGUGGUGGAGAACGCAGAAGGCCCGAAGACCAAGUGCCGUUACUGCAACGCGAACCACUACGCGAUCAUCUGCCCGAGGGCGUCCAAGAACACCAGCGGCAAGCCGAAGGCAAACUUAUCAGUCAACAUGGGCAUGGACACUCUAGGCGACUCAGUUUUCCUGUGGACGGCGGCGGCAUGGGCGGAAGUAGGUUCCACAAAGGUACCAUGUCGGAUUCUCAUCGAUCCAGGAUCACAAGCCUCUCACGUGACAAGAGCUCUCACCGAAAAAUUGAAAUCGAGACCUUUCACGCACCUGGAUCUCACAAUGGGAACUGCAGGGGGACAAAUUACGGACAUCCGGAAUUGUGGAGUAGACCACGUAACCCUGAGAAGCAGACACCAUGCAAACAGAAGUUUACGGCUCAGAGCCAUCGAGCUUGAUUGUAUUUCAAGAUCGGAGUUCCCGGUCAUGGAACAAGACUUCAACCUCACGCCAGUAGCCGACUCAAUCGCACAUACCAACGAUCAACUGGUGGACAUCCUCUUGGGGCAGGAUCAAUUGACAAAAAUCAAUUUCACAGAUCCUAAAGCUAUCGGAGAUGUCUUCGCCUUCAAUUCAAUGUUCGGAUGGGUUUUCGGCGGCUCCCAGGGAGCUACCACGAUUGAGAGUCCUCUCUCACGGUUUUGCGGUUUCGACACGAUUCAACCGGCGCGAUCAUCCACGCUAGAGGAUCACCUCAUCGUCCCAGAGACAAACCCCGAAGAGAAGGCCGUCAGAAACGGUCAAGCAGCUCAAACCCUGCGAGACCUCCAGUUUUUAUGGCAAUCGGAAGACGCAGGGUACGACGAAAAUUUCAAGGAGGAAGAACGAGAAGAAGAGGAUUCCCUCAUGCGAGAACUAAUCGUACACUUCAAGGAAUCCACCCGCCGAGAUGAGAACGGACGGUACAUUCUGAAGCUACCCUUCAAGUCGAAUCUACACGCUCUGGGCGACAACGAAAACUUGGCAAAAUCCCGCCUUCACUCAUUCCUCGAGAAACUAAAACGAGACCCAAUCAGAUUGGAGGCGGUAGACAACAAAAUCAAGGGAUAUCUGGCAGCAGGCUUCGCCGAGAAAGCUCAGCCGAGGAAAAAAGGUAGCCUCGCACACUAUCUCCCUACACAAGCUGUCUUCAAAGCGAAGCCAGACGCUCCCCUGGGUCUCAAAACCCGUGUGGUAAAAGACGCUAGCGCCAGGCGCUCAAAUCAAGCAGGACUCAAUGACGUCCUCCACUGCGGCCUGAACCUUCUACCGGAAAUAAUAAAAGUCAUCUUGAAGUUCCGCCAAUACCGAUUCGUCUUCACCGCCGAUAUCGAGAAGGCUUUCUUGCAAUUCAGAAUUGCGGACAGCGACAGGACAUUCCUGAGGUUUCUCUGGCCGCUUAACAUCAGCAAGGACAGAUCCGCAAGGGUUCAAGAAUUCUGGGCGACAAGAUUAGACUUCGGUCUCAUCUGCUCGCCUUUCCUCCAUUGCCAAGGAAUCAGAUUCCACUUGGAGGCAGCACUCCCAGAACACCCGGAGGACCGACAAUUCAUCGAAGAAAUUCGAGAUAACUUCUACAUGGAUGACGUCGUGGGAGGAGCAGACUCCCUAGAGGAGUUGAAACACCGAGUGAAGGUCCUCACAAAAAUCUUCACCGACGGACACUUCCCGCUGAAUAAAUGGUCAGCAAAUUCCGCGGAAAUCGGAAAAUUCAUCAAGCAAACAUCGCCGGUCGAUGAUCCAUCCAUCACGAUCGGCCAGGCCGACCAUAAGGUACUUGGCGUCCCAUGGAAUCAAAUCCAGGACGAACUCAGCGCUCCAUCGUCAAAAGCACUCAAGGAACUCACUACGGGAGUCCCAUCAAAGAGGAAGCUUCUCAGAGCAACGGCAUAAAUUUUCGACCCACUGGGUAUCAUCAGCCCGAUCGUCGUCAACGCGAAAUCGCUACUCCAGGAAUUAUGGAAAAAGAAAAUCGGAUGGGACGACGCCCUGAAAGGGGACCUUCUCGAACAAUACGAGAAUUUCUCAAAGUUACUCAGUCAGGCUGAAGGCAUUGCCAUCCCUCGACACAUGCUUCCUUCACAGGGCAGCCGGGACAGGAGAGAACUUUUCAUGUUCUCCGACGCCAGUUUGCGGGCGUACGGCAUCGUUGCAUACAUCCGAGAAGAACAAGGGACGGCCCCGCCCUCAGUGACAUUCAUUCUCUCAAAGUCAAAAAUCGCUCCAGUGAAAGCAUUCACGAUUCACAGACUAGAGCUGCUCGGAGCACUUCUCGCAGCAAGAAUGACGAAGAAAAUCCUCGAAUGGAUCGAUUUCAAAAUCGACGCCGUCAACAUCUUCUGUGAUAAUUCGGCAGUUCUUGGCUGGGUCGCCUCGAACUCGGAAAGAUGGAAACCGUUUGUCGCAAACAGAAUUCGAAAAAUUCGCCAAUUAGCUGGCCAGGCCAGUUGGCAUUACGUUCGCUCGGAGGAAAAUCCAGCUGAUAUCCUAUCCAGAGGAGCGGAUAUUUCAAAGCGAUCGAUUGCCGAGCGCUGGUUCAAUGGGCCCCAGUGGCUUCGCGAGAAGAACAACGACUUACGAGCAGCACUGGAAUCCGAUAGCACGUCUCACAUUCACGUCGCUCAAACUCAUCUCGAACACGAAAUGAAAAAGAGCAUAACGACGUGUCAUGUCGCGCUUCAGACAGGGAAACCCGAUGCGAGAAAAAUAUUUUUCGAAGAAAGCUUCUCUUGUUGGCUAAAAGCGAUUCGCUUCUGGGCAUUCAUGCGUCGACUCGCAACAAAAGCGCAAUCGGCAAAAGCUAGAGUACAGACGAAACAAAAAUGUACGGCCAGGCCGAAAACCGCCUUGAAUCUCAUCGAUUCAGAAGAAAUGAUAACAGCCAGGCUGGAUUUGAUCAAACUAAUCCAGAGGAGCUACUUCCCGGAGGAAACAACUUCCGCUUGCAGGAAUCUCAAGCCUAAGAGCACCCUCUAUCAGUACAACCCAUUCAUCGAUGACAACAGGUUGAUCCGUUGCAAAUCUCGGCUUGAAUACUCAUCUCAGCUGUCAGAAAGUCAAAAAUCGCCGAUUGUCCUCCCCGCGGACUGCAAUCUAUCCCUUCUAUUAAUUCGCUACAUCCAUGAGAAGAAAUGCUUCCACUUCGGAGGCGUGGCAUCAAUUCUACAUCUUCUCAGAGAAGACUUCCUGGUCAUACAUGCGAGGAAACUCGCUCGCCGAGUAAUCUCUUCCUGCGCCACCUGUAAGAUUUUUCGCUGCCAGGCGGCGGCAUUACCUACAGCCCCGCUGCCAACCUUUCGAAUCGAUAUGGCUCCGCCGUUCUUCUAUACAGGAUGCGACUUCGCGGGGCCCAUCAAAUACAAGAAAGACUCGGGAGAAAAGGGGAAGAGUUACAUACUUCUCUUCACUUGCGCCGUCACACGCGCCGUCAAUCUGCACCUAACAGAAAACAUGUCCACAGUGGAAGUACUCGGCGCACUUCAAAAGUUCGUCAACAGAUAUCCAUCGGUCGACACCAUCGUCUCCGACAACGGACUCUCCUUUCAGCGAGCAGCAAAGGAGUUGAAGUUGAUCUAUGAGCACAUCGUGAACGGGGAGAUAAAGAGAUGGCUCGGGGACUCCUUCAUCAAAUGGGAAUUCAUCACCCCGAACGCCCCGUGGUUCGGUGGUUUCUACGAGCGCCAAGUGCAGUCGGUCAAGAGACCGCUGAGGAAAGCCCUGGGUACCGCAGUACCACACUUCCGCGAUCUCGAAGUCAUCCUGAGCAACAUCGAGGCGAUGAUAAACAGGCGCCCACUUACAGCGGUCGCGACGGAGUCCGACACCGCCGAGGCUCUGUCGCCAGCGGACCUGCUUUACGGACACAAAGCGAAGUGCUUCUUUCCCCAACACGCGGCCAGGCCGAUCAGAACGAUCGAUGCGGAUAAAAUUGUUUUCUCCAGGAGAUGGAACUACCAACAAAAAAUCCUCAACUCAUUCUGGAGAAGAUACCAAGGAGAAUAUAUUGGCUCGCUUCGAUCCGCUCACAGGCGAAAACCAAUCGCGGCCAGGCCGCUGAAAGUUGGAGACAUCUGCCUCCUGGAGGAUUCGAACGCUAAUCGUGCCUACUGGCCCUUGUGUAGGGUGAUGUCUCUGAAAAACGGUUCGGAACCUGAAAAAGCACGAUCAUGCACGAUCAAAACGGGCACGGGCCAAAUCCUCGAUCGGCCUAUAAAAAAGCUUUACCCCCUGGAGACCCCCCAACCGAACCUCGGGACGCCAGAUCUCGCCCUUUAA